UUAAGCUUCUUUGUAUUGUGGCUCAACAACAAUCAUUUCCUAUAGAAUAUGACUUUCUGGUAAAGGCGAAGGAUCUCAGUUCUAAGUCCAAAUUACUUUCUUUUUCGCCAUUUUUAGAUGAGGAUAAGGUAAUAAGGGUUGGCGGUCGACUGGAUAAUUCUAAUUACUCAUUCGAAAGGAAACAUCCAAUUUUAUUGCAUUCCGCGCACCAUUUAACUAAGUUAUAUUUUGAAAAAGAACAUUUAAAAAAUAUGCACGCUGGCCCUCAGUUAUUAUUAGCUUGUGUAAGAGAAACUGUAUGGGCUAUUGGCGGUAGGCAGUUAGCUAGGCGCACUGUUAAUAGAUGUGUAGUCUGCAGGCGUGUUCGUGGUAGCACGCUCAAUCCUAAAAUGGGAAUAUUACCAGCGCAAAGAGUAAAUCCUGAUUUUCCCUUUUUGUCGGUUGGUAUUGACUUUGCAGGUCCAUUUUAUAUAGUUAAUAGGAAAGGGCGUGGCAGUAGACUACUUAAAUGUUAUAUGUGCCUUUUUAUUUGCUUAAGAUACAAAUGUAUUCACCUAGAAGCAGUUAGCGACUUGUCAAAGGAUGCGUUUAUUAUGACACUGAAAAGAUUUAUUAGUCGUCGUGGUAGGCCAGCAGAGAUAUUCUGCGAUAACGGACGUAAUUUCGUUGCAGCAGCUAAAGAAUUAACUGAUUUCUUAAAACGUAAUGAGGAUUCUUUUAGCCAUUUUGCCAAUCAAGAAAAAAUUAAAUUUCAUUUUACGCCAACAUACGCUCCUCACUUCGGAGGCAUUUGGGAGGCCGGUGUAAAGUCUGCCAAAUUUCAUUUAAGACGUGUAAUAGGAAAUUGUCACUUAACGUUCGAAGAAAUAUUAACGUUAUUCGCUCAAGUAGAGUCAAUUUUGAAUAGUCGUCCUCUUUAUCCUUUGUCAUCCUCCCCUGAUGAUUUCCUAUCUUUGACUCCUGGCCACUUUUUAAUUGGAAGAGCCUUAAACGCACUGCCGUCAAAAUCUCUAGACAGUAUUAAGGAAACAAAUUUGCGGAGAUACGAAAGGCUUGAAAGGAUCCGUCAACACUUUUGGAACAGAUGGCAGAAGGAGUAUGUGGCUGAAUUACAGCAAAGAACCAAAUGGAAAACCAAUUUGGGCAAACUGAAGAUCGGAGAUUUAGUUCUUCUCCAAGAGGAUCACGUACCUCCAUUGAACUGGCGACUUGGUCGGGUUAAAAGAUUAUUUCCAGGUCCAGAUAAAAUCCCACGCGUCGCCGAUGUCGAUACGAUAAGAGGAUGUGUACGACGUCCAUUGGUUCGUCUCUGCCCUAUUCUAGCGGAGGAAGAAUUUCAUGGUUGAAAGAUACCUUUCAACGAGGCGGGAUGAUGUUCCGAAUUACAACGCCAGCGAGUAAUUCGUUGCUAUUAGUUUUAAUCAGGCGAUUCAUAAAUUCAUAUAUAAUAUUUAAAAGUACCUACAUUGCUCUCUCACAAAACGUUGCAUCUCAGAUAGCAUUGGCUCGCAUCGAAAUUAUUGUAAAAACUGUAAUAAAGCAGUA